AUGACCCCUUUUGACCUACAAUUUCUCAAAAAUGUGAUCUCUCGCAGACUUUUAAAAACGCAGAAGCGGUCCAAAAACCUUAUUACCACGCUCUCGCCGUUCUGCACCAACGAAUGGAACUUCUCUGACGGCAACGUGCGACGCCUUUGGUCCAAGCUCGCUGCCCGCGACCGUAUCCUCUUCCCGUUUGACGUGACCGCCAUUGACUGGGUCGCUUACAUGCGCUCUUCGGCGGUGGGCUUCAAGCGGUUCGUCAUGAAGGAGGAGGUCAACACAGGGCCGCGCCAUGGAUUGUACAUCGUGCAUCGUCUCAGCCAACUCGCCUGUGCGUCCGCCGUGCUUGCGGCGUUGGGGUGCCUGUUGAAGCCUUUCCUCUACCAACUUUGGCCCAGCAGCACCAUCAAUUUCAUCUCAUUCGUUCUAUCCAAACGCUGACUCGCGCGAUGCUCGAGGUGGGUCCUGUGCUGUCUCUUGGGCACGUGCAAGAGGGGUCGUUGCGUUGCCCAUGACCCGCGCCUGUUGUCUUUUCGCGUCCCCGAGGAAUUCCUGCAAAUCCAGCGCUCAGCCAACGCUGACCUCAACCCUCAACAGCAGUUCCUGCGACCAAAUGUAUAAUAAAAAUCAGGAUCUCCCCAUUUACGUCAUUCAUGAUCAUUUUCUCGUUCGUUAUUAAUGAAAAUAAAACGUUUCCACUCUUCUGUA